UUCUGCGGUGGGGUGGAAUAACAUGACAUCAAAGUGUGAGUUUUCAGAACUCCGAAGCUGCGCAUCUUUUUGUUCUUCUUGUUCUUCCUCCCAUUACAAACACAAUAACAUGUCACAAGACGUCCCCACCCUCAAGUUAUUACUCAUUGGCAACUCAAGCGUAGGCAAAAGUUCUUUAUUACUACGGUUUACCGACGACACUUUUCUACCACAGGAUGAAGUGUCCGCCACUAUUGGUGUCGACUUUAAAGUGAGCAUGAUGCAAUUAGACGGACGAACGUAUAAGCUCACCAUAUGGGACACAGCAGGACAAGAACGAUUCCGAACCUUGACUUCAUCUUAUUACAGAGGCGCUCAAGGCGUGAUUCUCGUGUACGACGUGAGUAAUCGGGAUACCUUUGAUGCUCUUCAGAACUGGUGGGAAGAGGUGAAGACCUAUUGUUCGAGUGCGGAUGUAGUGACGAUGAUCAUUGGCAAUAAAGUCGACAAGGAAUCUUCCAGAGUCGUGAGCUAUGAAGAAGGUGCAGCGAUGGCUCGUAAACUGCAGACAUUAUUCAUCGAAUGCAGUGCAAAGACUCGUGUCGGUGUGUCAGAAGCGUUCGAGGAAUUAGUAAGAAAGAUCAUUGAAACACCCAGUUUGUGGCAAAAGGGAAUUGCGCCCACUUCGACGGUCAAAGUAUCUGGAGACAAUCAGGCCAAUGCAUCAUCAGGAAGUGCGGGAUGCAGCUGUUAGAUCAUCCAUUUCACAUAUUAGACCCCUCAUCCGGAUUUGUGGAGGAUCCUUCACAAACCACUGCUCCCAAUAAAACUAUACUGCUGUAUUUUAUAAUCGAUACAUUAAAGCUUGUCAGUAGUUCCUUAUCAAUUGAGCAAAUGGUUCAGUA